GACCUUAUUCCUUUUAAAAACGCUCGUUCAUUUAGGUGCUCCACUGUGCCAGCUCAACAUGCGCUCUCUGGCCGGGGCGUCGCGGGCGUGCGCCUGGGUCGAGUCGAAGCACGCCUCCACGCUAUGCCGCGGCCACCGCCGCCGCACGGGGUCACCUCCUUGCCCCAUCAAUGCUCCGUCCUCCUGCGGCGCCUCGCCGCGAGCCGUUCCCUGGCCUCUUCCUCCUACUUCCUCCGCGCACUCCGCUGCCUCCACGCGCGCCUCCUCACCUCCGCGCUCCUCCAUGCGCCGCCGCACCCGCACCUCACCCUCCGCCUCAUCCACCUCUACACUCUCUCCCGAGACCUCCCCGCCGCCGCGACCCUCUUCUGCGCCGACCCGUGCCCCGUUUCCGCCACUUCCCUCGUCGCCGCGUACGCCGCCGCGGACCGCCUCCCCGCCGCCGUCUCCUUCUUCGACGCCGUCCCGCCGGCGCGCCGCGACACCGUUCUCCACAACGCCGUGAUCUCCGCCUACGCCCGCGCGUCCCACGCUGCGCCCGCGGUUGCCGUGUUCCGCUCCCUGCUCGCCUCCGGCUCCCUUCGGCCCGACGACUACUCAUUCACCGCGCUACUGAGCGCCGGGGGCCACCUGCCCAACAUUUCUGUCCGGCACUGCGCGCAGCUACAUUGCUCAGUGCUGAAGUCCGGCGCCGGGGGUGCCUUGUCGGUGUGCAACGCGCUCGUUGCCCUGUACAUGAAAUGUGAAUCGCCCGAGGCGACACGAGAUGCACGGAAGGUGCUCGACGAAAUGCCGAAUAAGGACGACCUUACGUGGACUACUAUGGUCGUUGGCUAUGUUAGGAGAGGCGACGUUGGUGCUGCAAGAUCAGUUUUCGAGGAGGUUGAUGGGAAGUUUGAUGUUGUGUGGAAUGCCAUGAUCUCAGGGUAUGUUCAUUCAGGAAUGGCUGUGGAGGCGUUUGAGCUGUUUAGAAGGAUGGUAUUGGAAAGGGUGCCUCUUGAUGAGUUCACAUUUACUAGUGUUCUGAGUGCUUGUGCAAAUGUUGGCCUCUUUGCACAUGGGAAAUCUGUCCAUGGUCAGAUUAUUCGGCUGCAGCCAAAUUUUGUACCUGAGGCAGCUCUCCCUGUUAACAACGCCUUGGUGACCUUCUACUCAAAGUGUGGGAAUAUUGCUGUUGCAAGAAGGAUAUUUGACAAUAUGACAUUGAAGGAUGUCGUUUCUUGGAACACCAUUUUGUCGGGGUAUGUUGAGAGCAGCUGUUUGGACAAGGCGGUCGAAGUAUUUGAGGAGAUGCCAUAUAAAAAUGAGUUGUCAUGGAUGGUGAUGGUAUCAGGAUAUGUGCAUGGAGGAUUUGCUGAAGAUGCACUUAAACUGUUUAACAAGAUGAGGUCUGAGAAUGUCAAGCCGUGUGACUACACCUAUGCUGGUGCUAUUGCUGCAUGUGGCGAGCUCGGGGCACUGAAGCAUGGAAAGCAGCUUCAUGGGCAUAUUGUGCAGCUUGGUUUUGAGGGGAGCAAUUCUGCAGGAAACGCACUCAUUACCAUGUAUGCUAGAUGUGGUGCUGUGAAAGAAGCUCAUCUUAUGUUUCUUGUGAUGCCCAAUAUUGACUCUGUUUCGUGGAAUGCUAUGAUUUCAGCCCUUGGGCAGCAUGGACAUGGAAGAGAGGCACUAGAACUCUUUGAUCGCAUGGUUGCUGAAGGCAUAUAUCCUGAUAGGAUCUCUUUCCUCACAGUAUUGACAGCUUGCAAUCACUCUGGUCUCGUAGAUGAAGGCUUUCGAUAUUUCGAGUCCAUGAAGAGGGACUUUGGCAUUAUACCUGGAGAAGAUCACUAUACGCGACUGAUUGAUUUGCUCGGUCGAGCUGGACGGAUUGGAGAAGCUAGAGACUUGAUCAAGACGAUGCCUUUUGAGCCUACCCCAUCCAUUUGGGAGGCAAUUCUUUCUGGUUGCCGGACUAGUGGAGAUAUGGAACUUGGUGCUCAUGCUGCUGACCAGCUCUUUAAGAUGACACCACAGCAUGAUGGUACAUAUAUCCUUUUGUCUAACACUUACUCAGCUGCGGGAUGUUGGGUAGAUGCUGCCAGAGUAAGGAAGCUAAUGCGUGAUCGAGGGGUUAAGAAGGAACCUGGGUGCAGCUGGAUAGAAGCUGGAAACAAAGUUCAUGUGUUUCUCGUUGGUGAUACAAAACAUCCAGAAGCACAUGAAGUUUACAAAUUCCUUGAAAUGGUUGGCGCCAAGAUGAGAAAGCUUGGAUAUGUUCCUGAUACAAAGGUUGUAUUGCAUGACAUGGAGCCUCAUCAGAAGGAACAUAUAUUAUUUGCGCAUAGUGAGCGACUGGCGGUUGGUUUUGGACUCCUAAACUUGCCUCCUGGAGCUACGGUUACAGUUCUUAAGAACUUGAGAAUAUGUGAUGAUUGUCAUGCUGCAAUAAUGUUCAUGUCAAAGGCUGUCGGAAGAGAGAUUGUUGUUAGAGAUGUUAGACGGUUUCACCAUUUCAAGGAUGGAGAAUGUUCGUGUGGUAACUAUUGGUGAAUACUUUUGUCAUAGCAUAUGUUCUUCAGGUCCUGGCCUGAACUUCAAUUUUGAGCCAGCUUGGGUUCCAACUAAACAAGGAGACUUGAAUUGGAAUUUAACGAGUGGACCCACUUCAAUCUGAGAGACUCGGGUUGGUAUGGUGGCUCAGUCAACUCAUGUCUUAUUGUCAAUCAUUUACUCAUGUUUUGUCAAUGGCUUAAGAUUGGCGUGCUACAUGCUACCCUUGAUGCUGGGGUUGACGCUUUACCAGUGUUCAUUUGCCAAAAUAUCCUUCCAAAUCCAUAAUGUCAUGGAAUGGUCUACUGAAUGCCACAAUGGUGAUCCACGGUACUACCUCGUCAGCACAGAUAGGUGACAGCAAAUGCGCGAGGGACAGAGACCAAAUCACAUUGGCCCUCUAUCAGAUUAUGGAUGAGUUUUUUUCAGUAGUUUUCUAACGUUGAGUUGGACUCAUCUUGGAGUAUGUAUGAAUACCAUCUCCUUCCCAAUUUCAUAUUCUCUUACAGAUUAGAUGUCACGGGGAAAUUGAUUUCCGAACAGAGAUGGCCAACAUGCUGGAACUGCCCGACAAGGUACUUCAAAACCACGCUCCCUUUCUAGUUAUUGAAAUUUCCAAGAUAAUUGCCCAGCAUGAAUUUUGGACUGCACAUACAGCAGAUACGCCAUUUGAUGCAGAGGAACCAUUUGAUCGUUACGUGAUUUUAUGUUUCCAUUUAAUUUCGCCAUGGCUGAUAAUGAGCACAACCAAAGAUCGAAUCAGAUCUCUAUUUGGCAGAAUACUCGUCCUGUUUACCCGAUGUAAACUUUUUCAUGCAUAUGUUUUUAUUUCCGUGAUCAAA